UACAGCAUUUAUACUUAAAGGGUAUAAGAAACAAGCCCCCCCCUCGAUAUCAUGUCAUUUAUAUUGUUGGAAUAUUAAAUAAAAUAGUUGUAAUGGAUUUUAUGGCUGCUGGUUCUAAAAGUAAAUCAGCUCUUCAUUUGUAGCACAGGAGUAUAACUUUAAUUAUAUCUCUUCUGCAUAUACUGCCAAACCUACACCGCUGCAGAACGUAGUGCGCACGCGCAGCCUCUUAUUUCCGGCGGGAAAUUGCCGGGCGCCCGCCCCUAUUAAAAUUGUUUAGCAAAACAAAACAAACCAGUUUCCGGCCGCGAAAUUUAAAAAAAAUAAGAAGUACACAAAAAAAAUAAGCCUGAAAAAUUUACAUCACCAAGAUAUUGAAAUUUUCUAUCUCUGAAAUUUUGCACCACCUACUUUACGGCCUGCACCAAAGGCGAAAAUAAUGGAUAAGCAUCGGAUGUCGUACCGGCAGACCUUCGUGGUCGCCAUUAUAGUUGUUUUAGUUGUAGCCUCGCUGGGUUUCGUUCAUGCAAACGACGAUGCACAACACUGUAUGAUGAGUUGCAAAACUAGAAACGGAAAAGGAUGCAUUGGUCGACUUUACCAGCUCUCCGAGGAGCUUAGUCGUGUUGCUAAGUUGCCGGUAGGUUCGCAUGUUUGCCGGCGACAUUGGGAUAUGUUACGAAGAAGCAACUUGCGCUGCUCAUGUCCCAUGCACGAUAAACAACAGCCCUCACGUCUGAACAAGCAACCUAUUCCAAGUCGUUUUUAUCCGGUAUUUGACGAGAUUGGGCUAACAGUGGCAGAAUACCAGCCUGGUACUCGGUGGUGUUACCGGUGCAAGUUGCUCGCCUAUAAGAAAUUUGAAAGCCGUCCUCAAACAAGUAGAAAACCAGUCGCGGUGUAUAUUUUUAUUCGGGAAAACAACCACUCCUCUGCAGUGCCUCUUCGCUGUAAAUUGCUAUGUAUUUCUUCCUGUAUUUUCAAUCUGUUUAACAAAAUAUAAAAACGAGUACAUAGAAAAGGCUUGAACAUUCUUUCGUUCUUUUUAUUAGGAAAAAGCAAAUAGUAGUACAUCCGCCAUCAGCACAGAACAACAACUACAAAAGCCAACGUGUUAAUGGAUAGUCAAGUAUGGGACCAAAUAAAGACAACAAUCAAAGAAUUGGAUGAAGGUAAUUCACUGGGCCAACUAGUGCAACAAUUUCAGAUGGCUCUAUACCAUCAUGCCCUCAGUAGUGAAGCUCCAUUAUAUGAGCCAGCAGCAAUGAAAGCGUUCACACAAAAACACUCUCCAGGUCUGUUUGAAAUGCUUUUAAGUUCAAUAACAAGGGAGGACUCCAGACUCUCAGAUGAACGUCAAGCUGUACAGGAGCAAAGAACUGUUGUUCUCCUUCACACACUGGCAUAUUUCAGGUCUCAGAAAACUUCCACCCUACAAAAGGAUGAAGGGCUAUUCCUACAACAUCAUGGUGCUUCUAGGACAGCAAUCAAUUCAGGAAGGAUACUUGGUUUCAGUACAAGUCCUAGAAAUAUUGAUUCUCACAAGAAAGCACUAAUAACAAAAUAUCCAGACAUACUGAUGAGAAAGGUUAUCCUGGCAACAGAGAAAGGAUUCCUAAUUGUACAACUGUUGGAUGACUUCCAUAAUAUUUUGACUGUUAGACUACCAACAAAUCUGAAGCUAUCAUUAGCUACGCACAUGGCUAGUGGCCUACUGGACAUCCAUCCUUCAAUUCCUGCUGUUCCUAUUCCUACAAGAGAUACAAGACACAGCCGAGUGAUUGUGAAGAUAGGGAAUGAAAAUAAAAUUUGCAGAGGAGGAAUUGUUCUAGACUACAUAAAAGAGUUGUUUCAAAGACCAGUGUUAUCAAAAAUGUACUUGGAAGCAAAUCACCAAUGCAUUUCACCAAAAUACAUCCAACAACAACUAAAGGAAUUGAUGUAUUCUAUGGAUUUUAAUGUAGUUAUCUAAAGGUCAGCAAUCCAUAUAAGAAAAAUACUGUUUUCUCUUUUUAAAAAAUGUUUUAAUAUUGACACUUCCUAAAUAUUUUUCCAGGCACAAUACUUUAUUCCCCUAUAUGGACCUACCACCCAAUAAAUAUGUACCUCUCACAUUAGUAGAGUAAAAUAAAAACAAAAACAAAUAUGGAACAUUAAAUAUGCCAAAUUAUCAUUUUUUUUCUUUUUUUGUAGGGUCUAUUCUGGGUUGUCGCACGAUGAGCUCUGUACCCUUGAGUCUACUAAUUUAAUAGAUGAGUUUGAGCAAUCUUUGAAAAGUAUGGAGGACUAUAAAUCAGCCAUUGAUCACAUAUUCCUGUGCUGUCCACAACUGGAACAUUACUUGAAAAAAUUUGUAGUACCAGCACCCGGGGACUGGCCAACUUGGUUUUAUCAAAAGAAACUCAUUGCUCAAGAAGUCAAUGCAGAUGCCAGUUUCCUAUCAGUCAUCCCAGAGCAGGGCCCAUUUCAUGUUUUCCUGAAUCUACAAGAAGAUGUUGUAAAAAUUUAUGACUUCUUAUUUAAAAAAGUGUACAAAGAGACAUUUGGAUCUGACUUACCCAACAAGCCAAAGCCUUUUCGCGUCAGCCUGGUAAUAACUGCUGUUUUUCUGGCGUGGGGCAAAUUACGUGAUAAAGUUCUCCUAAAAUUCAAGCUCUGCAAAGACAUAGAGUAUGCUUCCAUUCUGUUUCUUUUAGAUGAGGUGGUUCCCAUAUCAUUCUUCCACUAUCCUGUUACAUUCAGGUCUGGAGACAUGGACUCAUAUAUAACAAUGAUGUUAAAGUUAUCUCUACUGUUUAUAAUCUGGAAAAGGCAUCAUUAUGACAGAUCAACACUCUCGAUGCUUAGUGACUUUUCUUUUCACAAACAACAUUUUUCACAGUACCAUGAACUUAAAAAGAAAUGGAUGGCUCUAAUAACAGAAAAGAAAGUUGAAAUCUGGCAUAGUGUGCUACGCAGCUUCAUUUCAAGUUAUGACAGUGCUAGUCAAAUUAGGGACAAAGCCCUGUCAUUUGCUGCAUCAAAGACAGAACAGCUCUUUCAUAACUAUUUAACAACACCAUACAGUGGAGGUUAUUCUGAAAAAGACCUAAGUUUGGUGACUGGUACAGCUGCUGAUGCAAUACUGAAAAUCAUCAAGCAAGUUGGUCAAAAUCUGGGAAAAGCAAAGCAGGUUCCACAAGAAACAAAUGCAAGAGGGCAGCCUAAAGGAGACAUGGAAUUUUUUCUUCCACAUUUGAUGUUUGCUCCCUGACAUUUGUCUCGUUUUCACGGCAGCAGUAGAACUUUUGAGUUUAGAGUGCCAGCAAAUCCCACAAACGCCGUCAAACUUGAGGAUUUUACCCUCGAUCCAGCAAAAAAUCUUCCUGGAACCUUAACACGAGUACAUUUUCUUGGUGUAUGUGUAAUUUUUUGCUCCUGUUAAGUCCAUUUUGAGCCAAACGUUUGUGUUUAUUAUAACAGCUUUGGGAAACUCGUGUUUCGUUCGCCAUUUUGAAUGACUCUUGUCUCGCGCAUGCGCAGUCGUUCUGCCGCGGUGUCUGCCAAACCAAUUUUUUACCAAUGCUACAUACAUGUAUUUUCAUUUUGCCAGGCAUAUCAAGCAAUAAUUUUUUCCCCUUACAAAUAAAGCAUUUUUGUUUCAUCCUGUAAAA